GAGCAGGGGCACCCGGGGGUGUCGGGCUGGGCAGAGCCCGGGGCAGGGGCAGGGUCGGUCCUGGGUCUCUGAGCCGCGCCGCCUCCUUCCCUGCAGACCCCGGCGGCGCCGUGCACAGGGAGCAGAGCAGAGCGGGGCCCGACGGGGCUGAGACUCUCCCGGCGGAGGACACGCGGCGGCGCCGGAGCCUCUGGCACCCGUGGGCCUUCCCUAACGGCCGGGAGCAGCCCCGGGGGCGAUGGCAGAGCAGGGGCCGGGCUGUGUGCUGGCAGGAGCGCCCGGGGCAGGGCGAGUGUCUGGCGCGGCCCAGGCCGGGGUCGGGGGCGCGGCAGCCCUGCGGGAAGCGGCGCGGGGGCGCGAGGAGGAGCCGGUGCCGCGCCGGGAGAGGCGGGGGCAGGAGCUUCGGGAGGCCUUUGAGGACGUGGCUGUGUAUUUCACACGGGAGGAGUGGGAGCUGCUGGAAGACGCACAGAAGGGGCUUUACCGGGACCAGAUGCUGAGGAACUGGCGAGCCCUCGUUUCCCUGGGAUAUUGUGGUCCUACACCUGACUUAGUCUGCCGCAUUGCGCGAGGACAGGAGGAGCUCUGGGUCAGUGAUGUUGAGGACCGUGGGGACAUCUCAAAGUCAGAGGACCUGCUGCCAGGAGGCACCUGGCUGCUGUGCAGAGGUGAGAAGCCGAGUCUGGAAGAAGGGCCUGCAAUCCUGGAGCUACCCUGGACUUCCCCUCGGGGUUUGGUCGAGGUGGAGUCCCUGAGACCUGAGGAAGACCAAUGGCUCCAGAUCCAGGGGAUGCCCCAAAAGCUGAGGGAAAACAUAGUACUGAAGCAGGUGCCAUCUUCCCUUGGGCAUGAGAGUGGAGAAAGGAGAGAGUCCAGAGAGAGUCCUGGGCACGGGGAAGGAUUUGUGGAGCUGAAGACCCACAAGGCAAAGUUCCACCAGAAAGAAACCCUGCGUCCGAACCAAGCCAGUGGGGAGGGACUGAGAGGAAAGCAGGAUGUGCCCGCCAAGGCCAGGGGCAAAGCCCACCCCUGCCCUGAGUGCCAGAAAAUCUUUCACUGCCCCUCACGCUGGGCUCUGCCACCUGGGUGCCCCGAGUGUGGGAAGAGCUUUGCCUGCUCCUCCAACCUGGCUGAGCACCAGCACAUCCAUACCGGGGAGAAGCCAUACCAGUGCUCUGAAUGUGGGAAGAGAUUCUACCAUCCCUCCCAUUUGAUGCGACACCAACGCAUUCAUACUGAGGAGAAGCCAUAUCAGUGCCCUGAAUGUGGGAAGAGAUUCAAGAGUUCAUCCUACCUGGCCCAGCACCAACGUAUCCACACCGGGGAGAAACCACAUCAGUGCUCUGCAUGUGGGAAAAGCUUCGCCCAGUCCUCCUACCUGGCCCAGCACCAACACAUCCACACUGGGGAGAAGCCGUAUCAGUGCCCUGUAUGUGGGAAGAGCUUCACCAGUUCAUCCUACCUGGCCCAGCAUCAGCGUAUCCACACCGGGGAGAAACCACAUCAGUGCUCUGUGUGUGGAAAGAGCUUCGCCCAGUCCUCCGCUCUGGCACAACACCAACGUAUCCACACAGGCGAUAAGCCGCAUCAGUGCUCCAUGUGUGGAAAGAGGUUCACACAGUCCUCCACUCUGGCGCAACACCAGCGUAUCCACACAGGGGAGAAACCACAUCAGUGCUCUGUGUGUGCAAAGAGCUUCACUAGUUCAUCCCACCUGAUUCAUCACCAACACAUCCACACGGGGGAGAAGCCAUAUCAGUGCUCUGUGUGUGGGAAGAGCUUCAGCCGUUCCUCCAAUCUGGCACGGCACCAGCGUAUCCACACAGGCUAUAAGCCACAUCAGUGCUCUGUGUGUGCAAAGAGCUUCACCCAGUCCUCCACUCUGGCACGGCACCAGCGUAUCCACACAGGCGAUAAGCCACAUCAGUGCUCUGUGUGUGGGAAGAGGUUCACACAGUCCUCCACUAUGGCACAACACCAGCGUAUCCAUACAGGGGAGAAACCGCAUCAGUGCUCUGUGUGUGGGAGGAGCUUCACUUAUUCAUCCCAUUUGGCCCGUCACCAAGGUAUCCACACAGGGGAGAAACCACAUCACUGCUCGGUGUGUGGGAAGAGCUUCAGCCGUUCCUCCAAUCUGGCCAUCCACCAGCGCAUCCACACAGGGGAGGAGCCAUAUCGGUGCUCUGAGUGUGGGAAGAGCUUCACCCAGGCCUCCCAUUUGGUCCAACACCAGUGUAUCCACAUGGGCAAGCCACAUCAGUGCUGUGUGUGCAGAAAGAACUUCACCAGAUCAUCCUCUCUGGCCCAGUACCAGCGUAUCCACACACGGAAGAAGUAUUGCUGUGCAUGUAAGGACUUUUCUCAGUCCUUCAGCCUAGCCACACACCAGCAUGUGCACACAAGGGAGUGACCACAUCAGUGCCUGAGUGUAGAAAGAUCUUCGCUAUUUCAUCCCACCUGGCCCAGCACAAAUGCAUCCACAGGGGGGAGAAGCCACAUUUGUCCUCUGUGUGGGAAGAGCUUCACCAGUUCCUCUGACCUGGCCAUCUCCAAGAGUAUCCACACAGAGGAAAGCCACAUCAGUGCUCUGUGUGAUGGAAGAGCUUCACCCAUUUCCGCAGUCUGGUUCGAUACCAGCAGAUGCAGACAGAGGAGAAGAUCUAUUAGUGCUCUGACUGUGGGACGAGGCUCACCCGUUCCUUCAACCUGGCUGGGCACAAGCAUAUGCACACAGAUGAGAAGCUACAUCCGUGCUUCACCCAGUCCUCCCACCUGGCCGCACACCAGUAGACCCAUACAGCACAGAAGCCACAUGAUUUCCCUGAAUGUGGGAAGAGCUUCACCCAAUCCUCCAGCCUGGCCGCUCCCCAGCACAUACACGCAGAGGAGAAGGCACAACAGCACUCAGAGUGUGGGAAAGAGAUUCAGCCAAUCCUCCAGCCUGGCCAGGCACCCGUGUCCACGCAGGGGAGAGACGACAUGAGUCCUCCGUGUGUGAGGAUAGCUUCUACAACUCCCCAGGGAAGGCUCACGGAUGCCUACCUAUCCAUUUUAAAGAUAAGAGAGUGGGGGUGUUUAUCCAUCUGCGACUCUCAAAAAAUAAAAGCAACUAAAAAAAAAAAUCCUAAUUCUGCUUGUUUUGUUCAUGUGGCCAGUGUAAUUUUCACGAUUCACUUGGUCGUUGCUUGACAGUUAGUUUGAAAGUGUGACUGGGCCGCAAUUAUUGUGUGAUGCACCUGUUCAUUUUGUGUAAAUUAUUUUGCACGUAUGGUGAGGCUACAUUUAUUAUGUGAUUAAUAAGUUCAUUGUGUGAUCACUGUUUGGCACAUGUGGCCAAGCUAGUUAUUGCACAAUUCGUCUGUUCAUUGCAUGGCAAUUCCUUUGUAUGUGUAGCCAUGCUACAUGAGUCACCUGUUCCUUGCAUGACAAUUACUUUGCACAUGUGUCCAGUCUUCAUUAAUUGCACGAUUCACCCAUUCCUUGUGUGAUGAUUGCUUUGUACAUGUGUCCAGGCUACAUUCACUGGAAAUUCACCAGUGAGUUGUGUGUAAUCGACCUAACAGGUAGCAGGUGCCUGGAACUUGCACUCUGCUGAUUUCAAUGUUUUAGCUCACUCGGUCAUCAGGGCAUGCAGUGGUCUGUGGAGCCUCCUGCUUCCAAGGUCCCUUGUGGCGCCUUAGCUUAACUAUGGUUUAGCAGGCAUAGCUGCUGCCUAGCAUGACCAGAAUUUCUAUGCAUGUAUGUGUGUGUGUCCCUGCUUGCUGGGACCGGAGCUAUGAGCAUGUGUCUGUGUGCAUGGAGGGCCUCAUCCCUGUGAGGGAAACAGGCGCCGGAGCUUUGGCCCUGUCCCCCUGCAGUUAGAGGAGGGUAGGGGGUUUCCCUUGGUGGGAGUGAGGGGUGUUUGACUUACACUUUUCUCUCUCCCCCGGUCCAAGGGACAGCAGGGCCACCGUGAUCCCUGCUCUCUGGUGCUGGGUGUGGUGACCCUUGCCUCAACCACACCUGCCCCUAUCCACUGCCAGUGCCAGGACCAGCUGCCAGGUGUGACCAGAAUCUGGGUGUCCAGGGUCGCUGCCUUCCCCUCCCCAAACACUGGGGGAACCCCGAUGUCCUAUAGGGUUUCCCCCAGUGGCGGGUGAAUCUUCCUGUCCCCC